UGUAUUCUGUGUUUGCAUUCUUGGAGUAUAUAGUGGUGCUAACGAACAUGGGCUUCCACAUGGCUGCAUAUUACGACUUCCACAACCAUAAUCUUGUUGUUGCAGAAUGGAAAACUUCAAAUAGUUGACAAUCAGUGUGAGGAAUAACAUAACUCAAGAAGUCAAAAAGUCACUACCAAUAUUAUCCUCAGGGUGAUACAUUGUACUGUUAAACAUGAUCAUAUAAAGAGAUUGGUAAAAAUUGUCAAGAUUGUAACUUAAUCUAAAAUUAUCUGUUUGGCCUCGUGUAUUGAUUUGUAAAUAUUGAAAGAUUUUCCUUGGAGAAUUAUUGAAAUGGCUUGUUUAACAAAGCAAAUGGGAUUUAAGUCAAUUGUUUUGCUAGUUUUCUUUUCCUUUUCCCUUUCCUGUCCUUUCCUAUGCUCUGCUCUUCCUUGCCUCUUCUCCUUUCUCCUCUUUUCUCUUGUCCUCUUCUCUUUUCUCCUUUUGUUUUCUC